CUGUUCAAUUUUCUGCUGUGGCCAUGUUUCCAAAAUGCCCUUCCCCAAGUCUGAGUUUUUGCAUGUCUUGAACAUGUUACAUGGAAUUGACUAAGUUCAAAUUCCUCAAAGUUGCAUGUCAAGAAAUUGUAUGACCCAGUUUUAUCCACAAGUUGAUCUUAGUCAUAUAUUCAUUUGAUGGGUUAGUAUGUGGGGUUAUUUUAGUAAUUAGACUGAAAAUGUACGGGUGACAAUGUAAAAGGUGUCACUUUCUAUAUCAUUGGAUUUUCUGUUAGAUUCAGGUUAAAAAUCUCAGUUGGAAAGAUCCUGUUUGGGUGGUUUCAUUCUUCUCUUUCUCCAUCAAGUUGCAAAGGUUUCUCUCUCUUCAUUAUCUGAACUGUUUAUCCCAAAUUUCUGAUCAGUCCCAGCUCUUAGAUUUCAAGCCUCUAGAAAUACCCUUCUUUUUAUGGAGUUUGAGGUCUCCUCAUUGUUCAAGUGAUUACUUUUUGCGGUGAAUUUUGCAAAAAGAUUAUCUUAGGUUGGUGGUUUUCCUUUACAAGAAGCAAACUUUGAGUUCUUUGUUGAACUUCUUCUGCACAGAAAAAGAAAGGCUUUAUAGUGAACAGUUCCUUCAAUCUGAUUGAGAGGGAAAAAAAGACUGGUCUUUUAGAGAUUAGCAUGAGAGUUUGAGGUGAAUUCCUUUGUGGGAGAUUUCAUCUAUGGCUGGAGAAGAUUUAGUAGAGCUCAAAUUCAGGCUUGCAGAUGGAAGUGACAUUGGUCCAAGCAAGUAUAGUCCAGCUACAACUGUGGCAUCCCUCAAAGAGAAAAUACUUGCACAGUGGCCUAGAGACAAAGAAAAUUGCCCGAAGACAAUACAGGAUGUGAAGCUAAUUAAUGCUGGAAAGAUUCUUGAAAACAACAGGACACUUGCUGAGUCCAGACUCCUGGUUGGUGAGCUUCCAGGAGGUGUAAUCACAAUGCAUGUCGUUCUGCGUCUUCCUUUGUCAGACAAAAACAAUGGUAAUCCAGAGGACAAGUAUUUGAUUCAUUGCAUGUGGAAGAGAAUUGUGGGCUAUGACAAACAACAGAAUGAUUCUCCAAAGAAAAGCAGCUGUGCAUGCACAAUCUUGUAGCUGUCUAAUGAGAUUGCUGAUGCUUGUUCUACUGAUGCCGGCCCCUUCAAAUGCAUUCCUGUUACAGCUGUUGAGAUGCAAUUCUUCAACAUUACUUGUUUCGGGAUUACAAAUGAUGGUGACAGCUGAAACAUUAAAAAAAAACAAAAGGUUGUGUGGUUUGCUUUACUGGAAAACCUAGCAUUUCCAUUAUUGCUUGUGAAAGAAAGGGGUGUUGAAUUUGAAGCUUAGUUGAUGAUAGACCCAAAAAAGAUUCAAAAAUGAAAUUUAUAGGAAAAAUUAUUGAUUUUGUUAAUUUUAGUUAGACUGCUCUUGAAAAUGUAAUUCUUUUGUGUCA